AUGGUGCCCAAGACGAUCGCGGGGAAGAUCUUUGGUUCUAUCUGUUCUCUGAGCGGGGUGCUGGUAAUCGCCCUGCCUGUUCCCGUCAUCGUGUCCAACUUUAGCCGAAUCUAUCACCAGAACCAGAGAGCAGACAAACGGCGUGCGCAGAAGGUACAGAAAGCCAGACUGGCCAGGAUAAGGAUAGCCCAGGCGGGCAGCUCCUGCACAGGCUUCCUCCAGAGCAAACGCAACGACCUCCUCAACGAACUGCUGGAGCUCACGCAACAACCUUACAAGCAAAACAAUAUCCACGAGGGGUCAGAGGAAGAGGAACAGCCGCUCAACAAGAGCAUGUCGUUAUUAGAGAGCCAACACCACCACCUAUUGCACUGUCUGGAGAAGACCACUGCCCAUGAGUUUGUGGAUGAGCAGCUGUAUGAGCAGAACUGCCUGGAGACCACGGUCCAGAGUUACACCUCCCGCAGCCCCUCCUUCUCCAGCCAGGACGGGCCCAUAGGCACCUGCUGUACCCGCCGGGGGAAGAUGAACUCCCCCCUGCCCAACUCCAGCCUGCCCCUGCAGCCCAGCCAUCAGCAGGGCCUACUACAGGAGCUCAGCGCCCUGCACAUCCAGUGUGGGGAUAAGCUGCCGCAUACCACCAGUCGCUCCAGUCUCAACAUGAAGACAGACGAGGUGGGCCUGAUCAACUGCAAGGGCAGUCAGAUCACCACGGCGAUCAUCAGCAUCCCCAUGGCCCCCUCCGACACCACUGACGGGGACGGUCUCCACGGACCUCCCCAGCGCAGACCCCCCCCACCCCCCACCGGCCCACAGGCCCCCAGCAUCAACACCACCGCCAGCUCCAAUGUCAUUAAAGUGUCCGCUCUGUGACUGUGUGGCUAACCCAAUCGACAGACUGACUGAGCAGGAGGAGAGGUGAAGGGGACUUUCACUUGAACUCUGCCUUGAAGGACCCCUGUCGCCUGUUUAGAGGUAGAGAAAUGGGAGGGAACCCCCGUGUUCCAAGGAAUGUACUUGGCCUUUUGAGCAGCCAGGGGAUAGGCUACUGUAUACUGAGAGAAAUGCUGCAAGGCAAGGCAGCUGAUGGUAGGCUACGGUGUGCGCAUUUCCCAAACACGGGCCAGUAUGUGUGAAUUCUGGGAUUCGACAGGACAAAGGAAGUCACUGUGUUUUUGUGCACUUCGCACCUACACUUUAUUUUCUGGCUACAGCUCAACCCUAAAUGUGUGAAAGAUAUUCUUCUUACACUUACAAGGUUCAAAGGAGGAUGAAGACAACUAUCAAUGUUUUAACUUGAGUUUGGUUGGUCUUCUUUACGUUUUUCUGUUUGUCGUAUCUAGUUUUACCUUGAUUGAUACAGUUUUGGAGUUUUUCACUUCUCCAGUGGACGAGGUGUGUCGGUUAAUAUGACUGUUGUGAUUUUGUGUGUAUGUGUGUGAUGAUACUUUUAUGAAAUGUUAAUAUUUUAGUGGGUUUUAACCUGAUUAGAUUUUCAUCUGUCCACAAUGCCCUUAAAGAGCGACUGCCCCUAAAAAGCAAUUUCUCGUUUUGAAAAUGGCCUAUAUGGCAUUGAUAUGAGUCAGACACAUUUAUUCUACUGUCAAAAUUGACUACAAAAUGUGAAUAGGAUAAUUAGGGUCUCAUUCAGAUUUACGAGAUGAUAGGAAAAAAAUGUAUGUCAUGGAAUGAAGGGUACCGUAACAGUUUUCCUUGGGUUGGGUUUAUUUUAAUCCUGCCUACAGCUGGCAGCACCUAAGCCCAGAUUGUAAUGCCCAUGGUGAAUUUGGUUUGACAUUCGAUAUCCCUAUGGGGCUAGUUAGGGACCACAAUAGCUCCAAAUUUCAAUAACUUUAAAACCUCAAACAAAUUAUAAAUUGUAGAAAUUCAUAUACAAAUAUUUAAAGCAUUUAAUGAGAGAACUAAAAGAUGGGCAACAUGAAAAUAGUGUCCCAUUUACAUUGUGUAAUUCAUUGACGGUCCCUAACUAUCCCCAGAGAUAGGCUAUCCAAAGCCAACCAACAUUGCCACGGUGGCACACCAGUCAGCUGAAGCUAAUUACCAAAAUAAUUUGUCUAACUCUUCCCACCUGCAAACACACACGAGACACCCACAUCAAACCACACCCUGAAACCAACUCACGUUUGAAUUCAGUCAUGGCCGCUAGCAUUUCUUAAUGAACCAAAUCUAAAACAAGGCCAAAUCAGGAAGUGCAGUCGCCCUUUUAAAAUCAAAGUAACAUAAAUGCCUACUCAGACAAAUAUUUUAUGGGCUAACUAUUUUUUUGCUAGAAAUAUAUUAUCAGACACACUACAGUACCAUUGUUGAUGCUCUACCCAACUCUGUCUCUCCCUUGCUUUCUCCCUUUCUCCCUUGCUCUCUCUCUAUCUCUGUCUCUCUCUUUCUCUCUCUUCCAGAAUGUCCUCAUUUUUAAGACUUUAGAAUAGCAGUUUAGUCGUUGUUUUUUCAGCUCAGUGGAAGACCGUAUAAUCACCAUGGUCCCAUGCAACCAUGAGUCAUUAGCUAGGUUUUCAUCUAAUUGGCGACAGAGUUUCAUGUGAAUAUUAAAAAAUCUGCAUAAAGAAAGUAUGCGCAUUUCCCCACCAGUGGUAUGUUUCCACCAAACAGACUUGUUGCGGAUAAAAAUCAGGGCGUGAUGACGUAGUGCACAUAAAAAGUCAUG